AUGCAGAAAAGAAGAUACAAUGAAGAAGAAGGAACGGGUGAGACCGCGUCAAAAAUAUCAAAUAACCCAGAACAGGCAUACGAACUGGCCAUAAGGAAGUCAAGGCUGCUGAAAAAAGAAGAGCUUGAGCUAAUUACAGACAAAGUAUCGUAUGGCGAAUACUUCAGCAGAUACUACGAGGUGUGGAUUAAGGAAAUGGUGCUGGAUGGCUUGCUCGAUAAAAUGUGGUACGCAGAGAGAGACCUUUGGGUGCUCCAGGGUUAUCCUGACUCUUUCAUGGAGUUUAGAGACUUUAUAGCCAACAAACAGGGCAGCAUCAGGCAAGAGUCAAAGAACGCACAAGCUCUUCUGCAGACAGAGCUGUUCGAUAGGCUAAAAUCAGAUGCAACAGAUGCAACUCCCAUUGUUAUCAUUAAAAACAUAAAAGAAACCGUUUCUAUUAGGGAGAUACUCUCUGAGCUGUCUGCAAAACUAGAAAUAGCAGAACAUGCAGUCUCUCAAUCGGGAAUAGCGGAUGGCUACAAAAGAACUCUUUUCAUCAGAACAGAUAUGGAUGUGUCAAAUUGCAAAAAUAUCGUAUCAGAAGUGCCUUUGUUGACAGAGUCGAUAGUGUCUGUGCAGUACCUCCCCACAGCCAGCAGCAGCAGAUCCACUGCCCAAAUAGGAAAACAGUUCUCGGACAAAUACUCGAUGCAGCACACAGAGACACAGUGCAAAAACAUUCUCCAAAAAAUGUCAGAGCUGCUGGGCGUGCCAGAGGUCUACAAAACGGUCUCAUCGCUAGAAAUGCGCAUUCCCAAAGAGGAAACAGCUGAUCUCUACAUGCUGGCUCUUCGAAAAAUCUUUUCGUUUUGCUACUACUGCGGAGUUAAGUACGACAAUGCAUACGAAAUGGCGUUCAAGUGCGGCCUGUACCACCUACGAAGCGAGACAGUCCUGGACGACUCAAAUCCAGAAACGCACAGAAAAAAGAUGGAGGAGUGCUUUGAAACAGACAGAGUUUCCUUCCUGCAGGCGAUACCCAAGGAGAUUGACAUUCGCACAUUCUGCACAGAGGUCAGCGACAAAAAAGAAAUAGAGUGCAAAUACUGCAACAAAAAGUUUGAAAGCGUAGAGUUUUUCCAGAAGCAUCUCGAACGAAAGAAGCACAGAUCGUACGAAACAAGCAUAAAACUGCACAGUGACUGUCUGCAGUGCAUCAACUCUCUCAACUACCAGCUGGUCAAUGCAGUGGAGAAAAGGGCUCAGAAGAUUCCCCUUGUUAUAUACGACUAUAUGUCAAACAAUUCGCAGAUUAUAGAGAAUGAAGUGCAGUACGGCGACUUAGAUAAGAAGUAUACGAUACUCCAGGAAGGCAUGCCCAUAGCCCUGGCAGAGUUCGGACAAGACGAACUGUAA